AUAAAGGGACGUUCGUCUAUUUGUUCGAAAACCCUAUUCUCUAUUUGCCCUGUACGGCAAUACGGACACGCCUCUUGUUUUCUGCUCGAGCUUGCUAUUAAGUUAUUACCGCAUUCACGUCUUUAUAGGUACCGCUUGCCCUACAUCACUCAACCAGUGAGUCAAGAGGGCACCAGCACUUUAGAGGAGCUCCGACCCAAGACUAGGUUCCUUUUAUUACGGCCCAGAGUGAAUUCGGUUCUACUAUGGCAAACCCAUUUCAGCAUGAUUCUUCUGGUUUUAAUCCAGAUGUAUCACUUACAAGCUUUCUUCCCCGGUACAGGAAUUCUCCAUAUCCCUCUACUAUAGCAGGAUCCGGUGCCCCUCUUACGCCUGCGUCGCAUUCGCCGCUCAACCGCCUCUCAUACCUCCUCAACCCCUCGUACGAAUCAUCGUCAGACCUCUACGCUGCGAACCGGGCCCAAACUCAGAACGCUGACAUGGACAUGAGCGGCAGCGGUAGCGGCGCCGAUGGAGUUGCUUCGGGAUCGCAGAGCCAUACCCCACAAUUGCCGUUAUAUUCGCGAACGUUUGAAAGGUGGUUGGAUAAUGAUGUUACGGUGCUAUUACGGAAAAACGUAUACAGAAAGAAUGGCUUCUUCACGCCAUCAUACCUAAGCGGCUCAAAUUAUAUCCAGAAACUCGAGGAAGCACACAAAGCAAAGUUGGCGCAGAAAGAAACCCAGCAGUCACCUGGAAUUACUUUACCAGCAGGUAUUGCGACAACCGCCUCCUUGUCGAACAAACCCCCAGCAUCUCAUUUGGGGGUAAUGACGUAUGAUUUGAUCGAGCGGACGCCGGCCAUUGAGGAUGAUAGUCCAAUAGCGCCUUUACCUUCAAGAUGGAACAAUGAUGACAAGCAUGGGGCACUCGAAGUAAUAGGGGCCGGGCAAGAGGUCAAAUACGCGGCUAGUCGUAGUUCGAGAGAGUCAGACCACGAAAGUUGCGCUAUCCGUGCAGACCACCCUAUGCCAUGGCAGGCUGGUAUAUACUAUUUUGAGGUUACUCUUCUAUCUAGAAGAAGGGAUGAGACCACAGUAUGCAUUGGCUUCUCGAAUAAGAAUGUUCCCCUGUCACGACCACCGGGCUGGGAACCUGACUCAUGGGGUUAUCAUGGUGACGAUGGCGAUAUUUACUCGGGACAUAAUGUUGGCAAGGCCUACGACGGCCAGGCCUUUGGGCCACAGGACACUAUUGGAUGUGGAGUUAACUUUCGAACGCGGGAAGCAUUCUUCACCAAGAAUGGCAAGGAAUAUAAGACCGCAUUCAAAGACGUAAAGGGUGAUCUUUAUCCUACCGUCGGUAUGAAGAAAGCAGGCGAGCACAUCCGUGUUAAUUUUGGCCAAACACAAUUCGUCUACGACAUCGAUAGCAUGAUGAAGAGAGAACAGGCAAAGGUCAAGGCAGCAAUCAGCAAAACAAGCAUCGAGAAACUAGUUUCACCUCCUAUGGGCGAGACGGAUUUAAUUCAGCAGCUUGUCUUGCAAUUUCUUCAACACGACGGCUAUGUUGAGACAGCUCGGGCGUUUGCUGAGGAGAUCCGUUCUGAAAAACAAGCCAUUCAAAUCGACCCACGAACUCCAGUACCAGGCAUCAACAUUAAGGAUGACGAAGAUGCUCAUAAUAGGCAACGCAUACGAAGAGCUAUCCUCGAGGGCGAGAUCGAAAAGGCUGUUAAGUAUACCAGAGUUUUCUACCCCGACGUGUUAAAGCAGAAUUACGACGUAUACUUUAAGCUACGUUGUCGAACUUUUAUUGAGAUGGUCCGAAAAUCUGCUGAAUUAGGCGAUCCCAAUGCAAAGAGGGGCAAUGGCCAUUCCUUUGAUGACAUUCCUAACAAGAUGGACGUCGAUGAGAAUGGCUUCUCUGAUCAGAUGGAAGAAGACGGAUUAGGAUCUCAAAUCGACCAAGAGACCUUGCUGGCGAAAACUAUCGAGUAUGGUCAGGGCCUACAGGCUGAGUUUAAGGAGGACCCAAGGCGCGAAAUUACUAAGACGCUCGACGAGGUCUUCUCACUUCUCGCUUAUUCUGAGCCACUUCAAGUCAAGGAGGUUGCGCAUUUACUUGAGCGGAAAGGCAGGGUGGCUGUGGCUGAAGAACUCAAUUCAGCAAUUCUCUCGUCUUUAGGCAAGUCAUCUCGGUCAGCUUUAGAGAACCUCUACGGGCAAACGAGCGUAUUGUUGGACUACCUACGCGAGGAUGGUGGACCCGGUUCACUUGUUACUAUACAAUCUGUCAUCGACGAAAUACCCAAGAUGCAGCCCUUUUAGUUAGGGGACUUUUCAUUUCAAAUGAAGCUGGAUCCCUAACAGGUGAACGAAUUCUUUAAAGCCAUUGGGGUCCUCUCAUGAAGCUAAGAGGUCCCGCGCCUCAAACAACGAAUAACCCAUCUAUCAUUCAUACAAUCGUGUUAAGAGAGAAGUUUCCUAUCCUACAAUAGGCCAACUAGGUAUUGUUUGGAUGCUUGUCUCUUUUC